ACUCCAACAACAUCCAGUCUGUCACAAGUGCAUACAGCUGAUCACGAACCAUGACUUUGUUUUUGCUUUGUGAAAUAGUUGAAACUUUGUCAAUUUCCACCGCAGACAGUACGCAUACUUCCAUACACAAAACCAGGCAUAUCAAAUCCUUAGGCAUGGAAAAGUAAGCAUAAGAUUAGCACGCUAAGCUAUUGAAUCAUCGCUAUCAGUGGUAUACAUAUUGCCAUAGGCAUAUAGAUUGCAAAAUUGAAGUUCAAGUUAGAGGACUACACAGGCGAUUACUCGGACCGAGCGCGAAUGCCUUUCUUCGAUGUAGGCUCAUAGGCGCACCAGAGGCAUGAUGCAAAAGAACAUGGCUGUGUAAGGAAAUCGAGUGUAGUUGUACGACGAUUACACACUGUUUAUACCGUGCAGUGUCUGUACCCCAGGUAGGCACGUCGAAGUGAAAGAACGCAAUGCAGAAACACAAAGAUGACUUAGAAAUGUAUGGAGGGUACUCAGUCUAGAGGUAUAUCAAUUUCAGGUCGCUGCUUUUUGUAGUCCUGUGGUUUUCGGUGGCGACAGUCGUAUUUUGGGCCCUUUAAAAUGUGAUAGGAUCGAGGAACGCCAUCAAAAUCGACAAUGGACGUGCAAUAUGAUGAAGACCUCUCGAAGAACGCCUUCUAUCGUAAGCUACAGACCGAUCAUCAAAUUUUCCUGGAGACGGCGCCCAUCGAAGGAUGGAUCAUAUGUGUGCCGCGCAGUGGAACUAUCAACGAGCGAUGCCUAGUGGAUCAAGACUUUCUGCUAGCUCAGAUAUUGGUGCCGAAUGAAGAGCUUCGCGAAACGCACUUCACCAAUCUGAGCUGUGCAGAUGUUCGACUCAACGCGCGUCAGCUAAUUACUGGUGGGCUGAAAAUUACCAUUCUGUUCGAAGAGGUGUUCUACACAAAUGGCCUUAAAUUCAAAGUGUGGUGUGUUGAAAGACCUCUAUGCGAUACGCGUCCUUACGGCAUCGUAAUCGAAGAUGAUCUCGGAAGAUUAACAACCAUCACGAAACUUCAAGACGCAGUGGAGUUCAUACGAUCUGUAGCAAAGCCACGAUACGUCUUUUCCAAAAUCGAUGCAUCCGUUCAAAGCUUUACCAAAUCUAAAUCUGAUUCUAAUAAGUGGAAUCUCAAACAGUACAAAGAGGAUGUCAGAAAACUCUACAUUCAUUGUUUAGAAAUAAUGCUACAAAAUCGCAAAUUGAAAGAUAGAUGCCAGAAAGAUACCCACCUAAAGCGCAAUGUCAAGCUAGCCGUAGAAACCUACAUGAUGGACAAGCUGUACGAUCACGUGAAAGACGUAAUCAACAUCUGCCAACAGGAACAGGUCGAAUCCUUCAACAAAACCAUUCGAAAUCUCUCGGAUAUUCACAUCAGCGAAAUGAACCUAAAGCGAAGCUACGCUGACGUAAUCCCCGUGGUCAAGAAGGAGCUGCUCAGGAUCGACGACUGUCGCACAGCCAUUGAUAAGAGCGCUUGUUUGAGGAAAGCUUUCGAGAUAAUUGCCCGCGAGCAGGCCGGCGCCGCAGGAGCAAAGAACGGCGCAGCGGUGCCAGGACCGAAGCAGAUGGCGACGAUGGACGAUGUGAUUCCCUUGUUGAUAUUCGUUAUCACGAAGACGGGCCUCACCAAUUGGAUCAUGAACUUAACGUUUCUCAAAGAAUUUCAACUGAGUGAAACGACCACUCCGACAUCGAAGGACAAAUACGGUCAGAAUACGUACCUUUUAACGACCUUAGAGGCGGUCAUCGUCUACAUAAGUUGCUGUAGUAUUGAGCGUUCUCAACGCCUGGGAAUAGAUCUUAUGUCAGACGAAGAUAUCCAGAUGAAGAAAUAUGCCGAGAUGAGCUUCAAAAAUGCAGAUCAGUUUCUCAACUACCUGUUCACGUUGAUGAAAAACGGCGAAGAAGAGGAAAUAUUGAAUGUAUUUCAAGAUUUUAACAACAGUAUGGAAUCUGAUAUAGAUCCAACCAUUAAAAAGUGUCAUCCCCUUUGCAGUUGCGUUAGAUGCGAGUCGAUGCCCUAUCAACCACAUAUAGAUGAUCGCAACCAAAACGGUUUAGCGGCGAUUCACCUCGCAGCAACGUUAGGCAGUCCCAAGUUGCUCACCAUCAUUCUGAACCUGAAACCGAAUGUAGAUGCGGUGGAUGCCAAGAACUGGACUGCGUUGCAUUACGCUGCAGCUAACGGUCAUCAAAACUUGCUUUUGCUCCUCCUCCACGCGGGAAUCAACAUCAACAGUACCAGCAACGAUCAACACACAUCGCUUCAUUUAGCUUGUCUAAAUGGCCACAGCGGAUGUGUGAAAGCUUUGCUGUACUUUUCGGAGCACAUGAAAAUACACGUGGAUAUUGAUGCCCAAACGCAACUCGGGCAAACUGCUCUUCACUACGCUGCCAAGUGGGGAUUCUCGGAUAUUGUGGAAACGCUGCUCGAACAUUCCGCUACUGUCAACGUAGUAAAUCGUGUCGGAGCAACUCCCGUAAAAUAUGCCCACAAUUGCAAGAUUUUGAAGAUGCUGAAGGAUGCACACGCAGAUGAACAAAGGCGACGGAAAUCUUCCAACAGCAGUCCUGUCCGAAACGAGGACUUUGUGCUAAUUUCCGAUGAAGACUUGCUGGACGACGAAGUCUUCCUGGAGUAUCGGAACAUCGACGAGAUGAAGCGAAUUGACAAAGCAGUAACUGCAAUCGCAGCUUACGACACUAAAUUGGCCUGCUAUUACUUGGGCUUGGAAGUCUUCCCAUCAACUCCGGUGAUCAACUCAUCUUCCCAGAAAGACUUCAUAUCUGAGAAAGUCUGCCACCCGCUCUGCUGUUGUCAGCGAUGUCUCAACGACUCGGCGCACACUGUUGCGGAUGGCAUAAAAACGUGAUCGAAAUUGUUUUGACCAUGAAAACAUGAUUUUUGAUCUUUGGUGUCUUGGGCAAAGUUUUUCUAUAAAAUAAGCCCUAAUUUAUGGAAAAAUCAGUUUUGUGAUCAAUCCCCCUAAAAGUGAGAAACGAUUUCUAUCUUUUUCAUUUGUAAACCAAAAAAAUAUGUUUGUUCAAAGAAGUUGUAGACAAUUUCACUAGAAACAACUUUGCCGAACAUACAAAAUUUCUAUCUUUUGAUUUGUAUGUACAUUUGAGGCGUUUUAUAUGAAGCACCCCUAAAAAUCAGUUUUUUGCUUAUAACUUUUUCUAUGAAUUUUUCACGAUUUCCAAAUGUUCUAGCAAAUGUUUUGCCUUAUUAAAACGCGUAACUUUUGCGAAGAAAGUAUAUAUCUAUCUCUCAUAUUUAUCAUGUUAUUGGAAAUUUCACUUUAAAAAAUGCUUAUGUUUGACAUACCCAUUUGUUAACUUUCGCACGUUUUCGCAGACCAGGAUUUUCACAUUUGAAAAUAUGGAACGAGUUUUAUCUAUUGCAAAUAUGGCCAGUUUUAGCCUGAUUUCGCCUGCAUAUUUAAAUUUACAUACUAGAAAUGACUAUCAUUAUAAAAUGUGUUAUUGUAAAAUGAUCAACAUGUCAAAAAAUGUACUCAGUGCUUUUCUUACAUUAUUUUCCACAUGAACACGCAAAAACGUUUUCACAGAAUCACUUGGAACUGCAUCAGAUGACUUUCCCAUAAAAUUUAAGUUUUUUUUUCAAGAUAAACAGUGGCUCUCAUAGUGGUACGAUAAGUCUCUUCCACAAAAUAAACGAUAUUGUUGAAUGAUCUUGCUAAUGCUCAUAAAAUUUUUCGAGUUCAUGUACACUUUGCAGAAAUAAAAAUUUUCAGAAUGUUUAAAUAACAGCAUCUAAUGAUUCGAUAAAAAUUGGGUUUCAAUUUGUUUACUUGAAAAUUAUUACAUAUCUGUUAUUAUUAACGCAUAUCAUUGAUUAACGUCAUCACUUAUUUCAUUGGUUCCAGUUACUAUCUCGUCAUAUGUUUAGAGCAAAAGGUUGUUCGCAUCCUACGUUUAUGGUGUUCUAGUUUUUUUAGGAAAUAGUCCAAUAUUCCUUAUUAUGGGAUCAGAUGUUUCAAGCAGACGAUGUAGGAGAUCUGUGUUAGUUUAGAUUUUUGGAAACUUACGUCUAUGAUCCUCUCUGUAAUUCCUGGUGUCUUUGUUGCGUGACUCUUGUGCUUCCUCGGACAGAAAAACAUACAUACAGUAACUGGAAGCAAUACAUUUAAUGAUGACAGUAAUCAAUGAUAUGUGUUAAUAUUAACAGAUAAGUUUCAUUUUUCAAGUAAACAAAUUAAAAAUCAAUA